ACAGCUCACACUCUCUCGGACAUUUGGAAUCCAAAUCGGAGUGUGAUACUUUCGUUAAAUCGUCACCUACUUGUGUGUUUCAUUUCCUUGUAGUAAACAACUUAUUAAAAUCGUACUCUGUCCAAGGAAAAAAAAAAAAAAAUCACGAGAUAAGUUGCGUGUGCGCGCAGAGCAGAGGCCAACCAAGUUUUAUAAUAAUACAUACAGGGUGUAAAUCUGUGUAUAAAUGCGCGAUGCGCGAGCUGCGUCUAAAUCGCGUCGGGAGUGCUGGGGGACGUCCGCGUGUGUGCGAAAAAGCUGAGGUUUGCUAACUUUCUUUUCCUUGCCUUGUCAACCUCGAGCUUAACCUCUUCCUCCAGGAUACGUGUGUGGACCCGAAGAACCAAAACAAAAUUAAAAGGCGGGGCUGCUAUACAUGCCUAGGGGGGAAAGAAGCACGUCUGCUAAAACGUCUGCUUUAACAAUGGUGUGCAUUGCAGCUGCUGCAGCUAACGUGAGUUAUAGUAGAUGGCCAACGAUUUAGCGAAAAAUCGUCAAUUUGCCCGAGGUAUGGAUUCCGGAGGAUGGGCAAGUAGAGUGCUAGAGUUGACCAAUUACUGCUGGCACCUGGUACCUGAUACCUGGCACUGCUGCUCCUGAUUCAGUGUACAUGCCAGUCUCUGACGUAUUGUGUUGCUGUACUUGAGUAUAUACUGUUGGUGGUGUAUAUGUUUGUGUAAUCCGAGCAACAGAAAGCGUUUGGGAGAAACUCAUCCGCCAAUGAUAAGCCAUAAAGCAUAAGUGGACAGGAUAAGAGAGAUAAAGAAAGCGGCAUCGUCGUCUCGCGCGCUAUCAAUGGACGCGGCCAUGUUUUCCCGCAGCAGAAACCAUCAUUGCCGCCGCCACCGUCGCCGCCGUGACUGAGAAGUGUGAGCGAGGCGAGGAAAAAUAAAAUAAAAUAAAAAGAGUUGCAAGUUGGAAGAAAAGUGUGUUGGUUGUGUGUACGCAUCUAAGAGAGGAGGAGGAGGAGGAGGAGGAGGUCGGCUGUUAGAAGAGGCAAGCGCCGCCUUGGGACUAGCAACUUGACGAGGGGAGCAAAAGGUGCAGGUUGCAGUGCUGGAUUCUUGCUGGGUGCAGGCGGUGGUGCUCGUGCUAGCGGCUAGCGGCUGGCUAGCUGCUUAUCAAGCACGUUGACAGGAUGCCGAAAUGCGACGCGAAGACCAAGUAUCUUCCGGCCGCCUUUGCCUGGAUCCUCCUCGUUGGCUCGACCACGCUAUUCUUCGUCUAUCCUUGCCAGUAUUAUAUUAGCAAAUAUCAAUGGGUACCACCACUGCAAGGAGUCAUUACAUUCUUUGUGCUGGCAAAUUUUACACUAGCGACCUUUAUGGAUCCAGGAGUAAUACCAAAAGCUCCCCCAGAUGAAGACAGGGAAGACGAUUUCAGAGCACCGCUGUACAAGAAUGUUGAUAUCAACGGAAUCACCGUACGAAUGAAAUGGUGUGUCACUUGCAAGUUUUAUCGGCCUCCAAGAUGUUCACAUUGCAGUGUUUGCAAUCAUUGUAUCGAGACUUUUGACCACCACUGUCCGUGGGUGAAUAACUGCAUUGGAAGGAGAAAUUACCGAUUUUUCUUUUUCUUUCUUCUGUCACUAAGUAUGCAUAUGCUUAGUAUAUUUGGACUGUGUUUGUACUUUGUUUUGGAGCACAAACGAAAUCUCAGUGAAGUUCGCACCAUUGUAGCUAUCUCACUCAUGGUAGUGGUUACGCUUCUUUUCAUUCCAAUUUUCGGAUUAACGGCUUUUCACAUAGUGUUGGUCUCGCGAGGCCGCACGACAAACGAACAAGUUACUGGAAAAUUCAAUGGUGGCUACAAUCCGUUUUCACGAGGCUGCUGGCGCAAUUGUUGUUACACGCAAUUUGGACCAAUCUUCCCAAGUUUAUUAAAGCCUGAAAAGUACUCAGGAAAACGGCGCGGAGCCUGCACGUCCGAAAUCUCAACGAUAGACAGCGAGAACCAGGUAAAAACCUACAUGGAUAGCAGCAAUGGUGUUAGAAAUGCCAGUUCAAAUGCUUACAAUAAGCUGUCACCGGGUAGAGACGGCUCAGACACAGAUAUGGAGCCUACCGCUUCUCAAUCAGCAGACUGCGAACCAACUCCGCCUUUACAGAGACACGGUUCGAAAAACAAUUUCUUCCUGCCACCUGUGGAGAACAGCGACUCUCCCAGGCAUUCACAGCAAUCGCAGCAUCGUCAUCCUGUACAUUAUCCCCGGGGCAGCCCACACCCAAAGCCGCGGGGUGUAAACGGCUCGCGAAGCCACACGCCGGACCCGCUCGCGGACUCGAGUGGUGCCCCAGCCACAGCUGGCCAUGAAGGUGGAAAUGGCAAUGGCGGCGCUCCUACGCGGGCUCACACGGGAGGCAGCCCGACGAUGCAACAGAGAAUCAAGGCUAUCGGUGUGCCGACGCCGCUCGCGAUAUCCAGUCCGAUUCGCAGGUCGAACCCGGGCACCCCGACGCAGGUCCGUCGGCCGGACUUUAUCGGCGUGUCCGAGCAGCAGCACCACCACCACCAUCAACAGUCUGUCCAGCAGCAAGCCAAGUACUACGACGCCCAGCACCCGGGGAAUCCCGGCUACAGUCCCCAGCGGCGCUUCCUCUCCGAGAGCGAGCUCGUGCGCCAGGCUAACGAGCAUCCCUACGCUCGCACGAACAACACCGUGGACAACAUAAGAGAGCUCGCCGGCUCGCCCCAGCGCAGCGUCUACACCUGGAAGGACAAUUCGCCUGGCGGCUUUCCCUCCACCGGCCCGACCUCCACCGUCGCGGCUCUCGCUGCCGCCCACCAGGCCGCUCAACACCAGGCGGCUAUGGGAGGACCAGGUGCGCAGCGACCGCCACUACCGUACGACUACUACCGAUCGAAUCCAACGUCGCCGACGCAACAGCCAUACUCCCAACACGGUGGUGGUCCCCGGGCCGCUUACCAUCCGGUCGUGAGAGGCGGAGUACCGGUCUACCCGCCCCACCAGUCGCCCCAGGUCAAGCGCAAGACUAGCAUGGCGACGCCGACGACGCCGACGGCAUCGGGCACGUCGGCGGGGGUCGCGGGUAACAGCAGCUCCGGCGUCGUCGUGACGGACAACAGGCGUCGGCCCAUGUCGUUCGUGCGGGCCCUCGAGAUGACCGACUCGAUGGAGAUGGUCGCGCCACCGGGCAGCGAUGCGUCCAAGGGUUCCGCGCCCGGGACGACGGGAGCCACGGCUAAUCAGAAUCAGAGGCCCACGUCGCCAAACGCGGCAGACCGAGCGAGCGUCUACGACAUGAACUAUGAGAUAUCGGUAUAGCGCAACUGUUACGUCUCCCCGCCGGCCAUGUGUGGCUGGAGGGAGAUGAGGCGCGACUCGCCGAGUCUCUUCUUUCACGUGAGCGCCAAGGAAGUCGCGAGCCUUGCGGCCAAGAAGGCUGCCGCCGCGGCCAAGGCCAAGGCGCAUGGCUGCCAGGUCUCUGUCUGAGCACGUUGAAAGGGGCCCCUUACAGUUUACAAUUAUUAUUUUAUUAUCAUUAUUACUUUGAUUAUCAUCAUUGCUAUUCAUCAUUAUUGUCAUCAUCAUUUCUGUCGCAGCGACGAGGAUGGUGGAGAUGAUGCUACUGUUCUCGUGCGCGUCCGUUUUUUCUCAUUCUUGCGUUCUCUCCAUGGUUUACACGAACAAUUUUGCCUUUUGUAGUAAGGCGCUUCGGUGCAUGCGUGGAUGAGGAUGUUUUUUGAUACUUUUUUUUUCCUCUUUUUUUUUUUUUUUUUUUUUUAAUUUAUUUUUUUUCGACUUAUGGUACUGAUUAAAGAAUCAACUGUAGUAUACAGUCUGGAGCUCACUGUUAGAAGUGAUAAUUGAUUACAUCAUGAUAUCCCGAGCACGUUUUAGAAUAUCAUUAAGCAAUAUGGUAUGAACACAUGUUGCUUCUAAUAGUGAUCCUAAAAAAGCACAAAAGUAAUUUCAAAAAAUAGUCUGUAUUCAAGAUAAUCAACGGAAAAUACGUGUUUAAAAGCAUUUUUUACUAUGAGUGGAAAUGUGUGAUAAACAAAAAUGAAUUAUGUGUACAGUGGCUAGUGGUCGAAGUGGUUAUAUUAAAAAAAUAAUGAUAAACAAAGUGAACUGUACUGAAAAAUUUCGGUGGGUGUAAGAUUCGUUAGAUUUCUCGUUGUUACUCAAUUUCUCAUCGUAAUCUUUAUAAUCAGUGAUCAUCAACGGCAGGUAUAUUUGUUGUGACCUCAACUUUUUUUUUUUUUUUUUUUAAGA